UUAUUUAUCACAUAUUGAUUUGGGUGGAGGCUAUUUGAUCAGAAAAUCUCUCUUUUUGAUCUGUAAGUCUCUCACUCACUGCAGAAUGAGCAGCAUCACAAAGCUCCUCUGUCGGUUAAUAUAGUUGCUGUUGUUACAUGUCAGUGUGUCCCUUGGUGUCAUGUUGUGUUUCUUAUGAAGACCUCUGGUGUCAGGAAGCAGCGUGUGUGUUUGUGUGUGUGUGUCAGUGUGUGUUUGAGUGUGUCAGGCUGGCGUAGACAGGGACACAGGCAGAGAGAGGGAUGGAGCAGGAUGCUGCCCGUUGGAGGGGCUGAGGCACUACAACAUACUUUCUUCCUCCUUGAGCGCAUCAGCGAGCCCUGAUCCAUAGGUGGAAAAAAAACUGCGAGAUCUUCCCAGACAAGAUCACAGAAAUGUAACAAUUACGAGAGAAGAGAGGAGAGCUGAAAAGAGGGGAUUUUAAGGAAACCGAAAGCUUCAAAGUCUACAUUAUUAAGGAGGAUUUGAGGAGCCUGCGUUUAUAAUCCGACAUCAGAGGCGGAAUGUGAAUCCAAAUAACUUAUGUUAAUUAGAGAUUUUAACGAGUAUGAUGCGAUUUGGACGGCUCUGAAUCACCGAGAGGAGAAUUUCAGAUUGGCCACUUGAAUUUUGGGGUUUUUGGGAGUGUUCGCGCUCUCCAUCGGCUUGCCCCCAGAGCUGAUUUGCAGCCUCUACAGUCAUUUGCGCCUAAAAGGAGUUGGUUACCAGAGGUUCUGUUGGACAAACUGUGCGUUUGUGCUCACACACGCGCACACACACUGGAGUAACCAUUAUUUCGGACUGAGUGGAUGAUUUUGAUGCGCCUGUUUCGCAAUGAUUGCCUCCUAAUUCGCAGGUCCGUCUGAUUCCUGCCGGACUUUGAGGUGAUUAUUGUUUCUUGUCAGUGUUUAUCAAAAUCAAGAUGGUCUGUGGAGCAACUCGAUAAGGUGGAAUCUCAAGAAAAUCUCGAGGAGUGACAGCUGACAUUCACGCGUCGAGGCACGGAAGCUCCGGAUCAACUUCAAAACUAAAGCGCACAAGUUUUUUCAGUCUGGAAUAUAAGAAUAGAUGAUUCUCAGAGGACCGAAGACGAAAUACACCUAGGCCUGCAAAAUGUUCAGAAGGGGCUGCGGGCUGGAGUUCCUGCUGGUUCUCUGUGGACUCGAGUUUUCCUGGUCCUGCCCCCGUCACUGUAUCUGCUACACUGCACCAAGCACAGUCUCCUGCCAAGCCCACAACUUCCUGUCUGUCCCUGAAGGCAUUCCUCCUGACAGUGAGCGCAUCUUCUUACAGAACAAUAAGAUCCAUCGCUUACUUCGGGGUCACUUCAGCUCCAACACGGUCACUCUCUGGAUCUACUCCAACAAUAUCACGUACAUCGAGCCCUCCACCUUCCACGGCUUCACGCUGCUUGAGGAGCUGGACCUGGGAGACAACCGUCACCUACGCUCUCUGGCUGAAGACACCUUUCACGGGCUGAGUCGGCUUAAUGCGCUGCACCUGUACCGUUGUGGGCUCAGUUCACUCCCUAAUAACAUCUUCCAAGGCCUCAGAAACCUGCAGUACCUUUAUUUACAGGAUAACCAUCUGAAGUUCCUGCAGGAUGACACAUUUAUGGACCUCCACAACCUGAGCCAUCUGUUCCUGCAUGGGAACCGUCUGUGGAGCGUCAACCAGAACACCUUCAGAGGGCUUCGAGCCCUAGACCGACUGCUCCUGCACCAAAACCAGAUUGAGUGGGUUGACCGCCUGGCCUUUCAUGAUCUGAAACGUCUCACCACUCUCUACCUGUUCAACAACUCCCUGAUACAGCUGUCUGGACAGUGUCUGGACACUCUGCCCGCAUUGGAAUACCUGCGCCUGAAUGACAACCCCUGGUCGUGUGACUGCAAGGCCCUGUCGCUAUGGGAAUGGUUGAAACGUUUCAGAGGUUCUACAUCUUCAGUGGGCUGCCAGGCCCCAGCUGAUAUGUAUGGAAAAGAUCUCAAAGAGCUGCGCAAGGAGGACUUCCCCAACUGUUCGCCGACUGUACCGAACUCUGAGUCCAGAGCCCAGACUAACAAUUUAUCUGGCACGGUGAAUCCGUCCAUGAAUCGUGGUGUAGUGGUGGGCUCUGGAGGGCAGACCCACCUAGUCCAGCCUUCAAGGCCUGGUCGUUCUCGGAACUGCACAAAGCCUCGUACCAGGGGGAGCAAGGGGAAGGGUGACAAUGAGGUUCACUCAAAGGAGGUCAUGGCAGACAAGGAGGAUUCCUCCCCAGAUUUCACAGAAGGGGGGAAACAUGACCACACAUCCCCAGAUGGCACCGUCACACGGAGGAAGCACAAGUGCACUCCCCGGACCACUGUCCGCCCCCCUAGUGGGGUUCAGCAAGCCAACAACAGGGCAACGUUAUCCCACUCCUUACUACACAUCCCUGCCCUCUUUGUGGCCUUGUUAACGACAAACAUUGACAACAUCCUCCGCUGACCUUUAGAGGAUUUGGCUAAUCACAAAAGACAGCCCUCAGACCCUCUCUUGCUCCUGCACUACAAGGCCUGUGUGUCAUUUAUGUAUGUGUGUGUGAGUGUGAUUAUAUGUGUAAAUGUUGUGUAGGGAGCUUUAUUGUUCAGACUCAAACAGGCAUCAAAGCAUCAAACAUCUACAACAGAAAGACUCACAGCACAAAAACUGAAGGGACUAAGGGUCAGUGAACGACAGAAAGAUUAUCUGCGACCAAGCUUGCACUGCCACUUCUGCCAGUUUGAUUUCAUUUCUUCAUGAUCUUGUGUUUUUUUUUUUCACUCAACCAGAGCUCCAAUGACCAAAAUCUGGUAAAAAAAAAUCUGAAAUUAAGGAUGAGCUGACAGAGCAAACAAUGACAAUUUGUUAGCUAGUUAGCUCAGAGACUGAAAGCUAAGUGCUCCGUUCAGCUUUAAUCUUCAGCUCGGUUUGUAAAUUGUUAACAAGAAAGUAAGAAAAUGGACAGUUGAUGACAUUGUUUCACCAUUUCUGCCUAUUGUUAUUUUUCUAUUGCAUCUUGUGCUAACACGUCAAACAAUUGGGUUUAAGAACGUUUCUCUUAAGCUAAGAGGUGAAGUGUUUGCAUGGCAAUAAAAUGUCAGUCUUUUCAGACGUAGGAAUGUGUCAUUUUCACAACACAAACAAAUCUACAGCCGCUGAUGUUUUACUGCUAUCGACAGAGCGACCAGUUAGCUUGUACGCUGUAUGAAGCAGUAGCAAAUGCUAACUCCUCUCUACACAUUGCUGGCUUUUUUAAAAGUAUUUUACCAACUCUUCUGCCCAUUUAGCUACUCUCAUUGGUAUCCCAUUUGUACACACAGAUCUGCUCCCAUCCUCAUUUACACUACGUCUAUCCUUCUGUGCAACUGAAUAUUAAGCUGCUAAUUGUUUCAAGAUAUUGAGAACUGCCAUGCCCUGAUUUCAUUUGCUUGGUAAACAAUGUGCGUCUCUGGGAGAUCAAGCUGUGAAUAUUGAAGAGUCUGUCUAUAUCUUGUGUCAGAUGUUGUUCAUAUGAUUUUUGUAAGACACAAAAUGGACCUAGAGAAAGAUCCCCCCGCUGCAGGGCCAACAGGAGCCUUUGAGAUCGAGGGUCUAACGGGGCUUUCUCAGCUUCUCAGUGAGGUUGUGCUGAACUGAUCCCUCCUCUGUGAGAACAAACCUUCCUCAUUGAGAAUGUGUGGAACACAUUUUUUUUCUUGAUCACUAAAGCUUCAAAAGGAAGACAAGGACAAGACUUGAGAGAAAAAAAUGUGUUUCUGUGUACCUUAAAUGACUCGUGAUCGAGAAAAGAUGAAAAAAAUACAUGAAAUGGAGCAUGGACGAACAGGGAUCAUAUUGAGGGAGUUGCGCCUCUCUAUGAACUGAUGUGAUUGUCCAUGGAUGUGGGGACUCAAGACCAAGACAAUCGCUUCUGAAGUAACAAGGAGAUGCGAUACAAUGUGGAUAAAGAGAUGAAUAAAUACAGGACAUCCUACUUCAGGAGCUUUUGUGCCUCCCUUAAACCUACCAAUAAGAUGGUGUUUGUAUCAAUGAUGUGAACUGUACCACUAUCAAGGAGACAUGCGGACUCCUUGCAGUGCUGAUAUUAAUCAUUUCCUGUAUAACUAUCAGAAAAACAAUAUCAGUGACAUUGAUGAUGAUAACAGGGUUAUCUGCUCCUCUUGUCAGGAGGAGUCUUUUGACUUUUUAAUUUGCUGGUGAUUUGUUUAUUUUACGUAUUUUUCAUGUUAUAUUUUUAGAACCGUUUUUAUUUGUUAAUGCACAAUUAUUCACCUCCAUAUUACUUGUUUGACUGUAUGCCUAUAUUCAUCUUCCUUAUUUGCCAUUAUUCAAUUGUUCAGUAAGUUACCAUCAGAAAACAACAGUACAAAAAUGUUUAUAAAGAUAUUAAAAUCUAUAUCUUCUUAUGUCUAC